UUCCAAAGAAGGUGCGAUAUGCAGGUAGACUACUAGUGACUAAGCAGCAGAUGCCGCGGUCUAUUUAUGCCCUUGUCUAUUUACAUGGUGGCUGGGCCAAACGCAAGUUCUAGGAUGCCCAGGAGGGGCGGGAAAGGCGACCUCCGAAAUGCUGGCGGGAUCUGUGGAGGAGCAGGCGCGGGGAGCAGACACUACGGGACUAUUCGAGCGAUGUCACAUCUCACUCCCGCCAGCGCAAGCCUUGAUCAUAUGAAGUAUUUCAUGCAUGAACCAGGGAAGAUUCCAAUUCGUUGAACCUGGGAAAUUGGAACUGAAAAGGGAUAUCCAUAGGAGAACAGCCCAUCUUCACCACCCGAGCACAUGUCUUCCAGAUUGACCCCAGCACCAAGAAGAACUGGGUGCCUGCAAGUAAGCAAGCUGUCACUGUUUCCUACUUCUACGAUGUCACAAGGAAUAGCUAUCGGAUCAUCAGUGUGGAUGGAGCCAAGGUGAUCAUAAACAGCACAAUCACGCCGAAUAUGACCUUCACCAAAACGUCACAGAAGUUUGGGCAGUGGGCAGACAGCAGAGCCAACACGGUGUUUGGUUUGGGGUUUUCUUCUGAGCAGCAGCUGACAAAGUUUGCAGAUAAGUUCCAGGAGGUAAAAGAAGCUGCCAAAUUAGCCAAAGACAAAUCCCAGGAGAAAAUCGAAACUUCGAGUAAUCAUUCCCAAGAAUCUGGGUGUGAAACCCCAUCUUCUACUCAGGCAUCCAGCGUCAAUGGAACGGAUGAUGAAAAGGCUUCUCACGUGGGUCCAGCUGACACACACCUCAAGUCUGAGAACGACAAACUGAAGAUCGCUUUGACACAGAGUGCUGCCAAUGUGAAGAAAUGGGAGAUCGAGCUGCAGACCCUGCGGGAAAGCAAUGCUCGGCUGACCACAGCACUGCAGGAGUCAGCAGCCAGCGUGGAACAGUGGAAGAAGCAGUUCUCCAUCUGCCGAGAUGAGAACGAUAGGCUCCGAAACAAGAUUGACGAGUUAGAAGAACAGUGCAGUGAGAUAAACAGGGAGAAGGAGAAGAAUACUCAGCUGAAGAGAAGAAUUGAGGAGCUGGAGUCAGAACUCCGAGAAAAGGAGACGGAGUUGAAGGAUCUCCGAAAACAAAGUGAAAUCAUACCUCAGCUCAUGUCAGAGUGUGAAUACGUCUCUGAGAAGUUAGAGGCGGCAGAGAGAGACAAUCAAAACCUGGAAGACAAAGUGCGAUCUCUAAAGACCGACAUUGAGGAAAGUAAAUACCGACAGCGUCAUCUGAAGGUAGAGUUGAAGAGCUUCCUGGAGGUGCUGGAUGGGAAGAUUGAUGACCUCCAUGACUUCCGCCGAGGCCUCUCCAAGUUGGGUACAGACAACUAGGGCCGGGCACAGACCUGGGCCCUGGAUCGUGAGUCCCACGUGUGUGUGUGUGUGUGAUGAAAUAGGACUAGGAUGUUCUCCUGUUAGCAUUGCUUCUGUAAAUGCAGGCGCAAUUUGUCUUGUUUCCAAACCAGUUGUGCCGUCCACUCACUCCUCUCCAGAAUAGAAAUCUCUUACUCCUCUGGCCUCACGAGGUUGUGGACAAUUGGAAGAUUCUGACUCAGGAAUCCAGAACUAGGUCUACCUAAAAUGUUUACGCAGUCAGGGCAGGGAUGUUUAUAUCUUUCUUAAGGGCUGUUGCAACCAUAUGAACCGAAAAACAAGGUAAUUUUCUAAUUCAAGUAUCAGUGUCCCCUUUACAACAGGCCUUUUUGCUCCUUUUAUUGAAUAGCAUUUGGAGUACAUGAUUGUCCACCAGGCUCCAGUCCAUGGGGCAAGGAGGGAGUAACGUCUCUCACAGUAAACAUUGAGUCAUUUUCAAGCAACCAUUUAGUGUGGUGAAUUAUCUGGAGAAAGAAAGCAAGUUUCUGGGUGAAUUUUCUGAUUUGGGAAUCACUUAUAUCCACUAUAUCCCAUCCUCCCUCAGUUUGUAUGGUUGCGACAAUAUUCCUUUCGUUGGUUUUAAUUUCUGAGCAGAUGCUUGUGCUGUGGGAACAGCACAUGGUGAGGGCGCCAAGCACACAGUGCCUGGCACAAUGUAGGUGCUUAAUAAAUAUUGUUCAAUUAAACAUUUAUUAAACAGAAUUUAGUGUUUUAAUCAAACCCCACAAGUAGAGUCCAGACCUCUGUUGAAUGAUACACCAUCUUUUUUUUUUGUGCUGGGUAGUUAUCAGGAAUGAAUACUACUGUCAUCAAACCUGAGGCUCAGGUGGCCCUGGGGCAGGGAGGGUGGCAGCAGAAGCAUCAGGGGCUGAUCUGAGACCCCCUGAGAGCCCAGCCAUGGUGCUCUGCCCCUGGCACCAUCACCUUCUUCAGGCAUGGCAUCCUGGAGCCUGAGGAUUCCAGAACACUAGCUGGCCAUGGUAGGGGCUAUCCAGGGUUUCAGAACUAGGGUGUGAUCCUAUGGUAGGUUUGGAUAAUUGAGAAAGAAAUCAUCCAACCCCAUGAUGGUGACAGAGUCCUGCUCAGAGGGUGGCCUUGGCCUUAGUACCAAAAAACUCUGCCCAGAUUCACCUCUUGCCUCAGUUCCUGCUAAGGAAGGGCCUGGAGCCAUAAACCUUUCCUCUGAUACAGAGCUUCUCAGUGGGGCCAGUGACCACUUCAAUGCCAUUAGCAUCCUUCAUUGUGAAAGAUCACCUGUGUAUGGCAAGAUAAGUCCCCAGUCCUAUAUGUUUUUUAGAACAUAUAGGCAGAAGAGACUCUGGUGUCACCUUACCUCUCUAGAACUACCUAAGAGAAUUUGUUCCUCUAGAAAUGUUUUCUCAUAGAGAAAUUCUUCCUGUCAAAUUUGAAUUAAUGAGAAAACAGCCUGAGGAGGGGGUAGGGUCCACAUAGACAUGACCAAAGCCCAAGGUGAGUUAGAGUCUGCUACUCCCCUUCCCCUAGCUGAGGCAUCUCUGAGCAGGGAAUUUUUGCCUGGGAUAGGAAAAGAAAGAAGUCUGUUGAUUUGGAGCACCAAGGUACAUUAGGGGAGACCCCCACAGGCUAAGUGGGGGUCUUAAAUACACAAGGCUCUUAGGUCACCCCUGCUGUGAUUCAGGCAAGGGAUCUGCUGGCCCUCUCCUCUCCUCAGAGCUCUAGAUGGCUCUCAGGACAGUCAGUAGCAGCUCCCGACUGGCUGUGCCAGGAGACCAGAAAGCUGGGCUGGCCAUGACAUGGUCCUGGAAUCCAGAAGUGGGUAAAACAGAUUCUUCCCAGGCCAGCCUGGUCCUCCUACCAGCAACCUGGGCAAAUGUCUUCCCAGGAGCAGUAGACACUGGAAUCGCAAACACCCUUCACUGGAAUCUUCAGAUGACCACCACCUGUGCCCACAGGCAAUUUAUUAAUCCAAAGCAGUGACUUUAAAAAAUGUUGGAAGCCAUCACACAGUGGGGUUGAGGUACUUGAUGCCCAUUUAUCAAACUACUAAAGAGUUUGGCCACCAUCUUGUAGCUAAUAGGUGAGGAGCCUAGUUUCCCUGAACUAUUGGGGCUUAUCCAGCCUUAGAACUGCUGCAGCCCAGGAGCUCACAGUGUUAGGGGGUCCUUUAAAGUAAGAGUUGGUUCUGCAGUGAAAGCACAAAACUUGACAUAAGCCCUUUUCAUCCCUUCAACUUUCCUCGAAAGCCCAUAGAAUUUCUUUACUUUCUUUUUAUUUUCUCUUUUGGUGUGGGUGUGGGGGGGGUGGGGGGUGGUACUGGGGAUUAAACCCAGGGGCUCUGUAACACUGAGCUACAUCCCCAGCCCUUGUUGUUUAUUUUGAGAUAGGGCUGGCUAAGUUGCCAAGUCUGGCCUCAGACUUGUGAUCCGCCUGCCUUAGCCUCCCAAGGGAUUACAGCCAUACACCACCACACAAGAUUUCAUUUACUUUCUUUAAAAAAGAAUGGUUCAGGAACAGCCUGGAUAGUGAGUCAAGGGAUUGGUCUUGUUGGACAGCCUUUGACACUGUGAACAGGGGACUCAGUACAAUGAAAAUGACCCACUGGAUUUGUCCCCACUUUCAGUUGAGUUGGUAUAAUGUGCCCUCAUUAUGAUGUCCAGCCCAGUCACUAGACUAUUGUCAUGGCUGUAAGCCGAGUAAGCUUUUCUCUCAUAGCCUUUGGAGCCACAUUGUGCUGCUCUCCUGGUUUUGACAUCUCCAAGACUGGCUUUCUUCACCUUGAUUAGCUUUCUUUCUGCAUUCAUGAAACGUGGGCCUAAAAAGAUGCCAAGUAAAACUUUAACCAUGUUGAUCUUUAAAAUAAACUUUGCUUUCUAGUCAAAAUCCAGCUGGAUGCAUUUCCUAGAUGGGAUGGGAAAGAGAGAGGAUGUCUUCUGGGUGCCCAGGGAUUGUAAGCCCACUAGAGUGGCAGGUUGGGAAAGCACAGCCAGGCCUCUAGGGGAAGAGAGCCUGAAUUCACUCAGGACAUCUGUGUGCUCCAUCAAUUCCAUCUUCCCUGCAUGCCAUCGCUUUAGAUCUCAGAUAAGACAACUGGGCAGAGAUCGUUGCCUGCAUUUUGCAGACGUCAAGUAGGGACAGUGACAUGCCCAGGGUUACCCAGCUGUGAUCAGCAACAUGGGCUCUGCAUCCAGAUCUCCUGGAUUUUGGUCCACUAUUUUUCCAUGAGUCAUGUCACUAUUGUCCCUUUGGUGACCCAUGGGUGCAAAGAGGGAAAAACUCUCUUGUAUCCUCAUAAGAGCACAUUGUAGUUAUAUUAUCUUAAUUCAUGUCCACAGCAAAGGACAAUUUACAAGGAGUGAAUCAAAAUUUCAUUUAUGUUCAUUACAGAUAAUAAGUUCCAUUUUUGAAUGAUUCUGUCUUUUUAAGGGUCUUUUUAAGAGAGUAUCAGUUAUAAUCAUGUCCCUGCCCUAAGAGGCCAGUUAACCCAGACUUGUCUUGAGUUCUUUAUGGAUGGCUUUCAUUGAAGCAGGGUAGUCUGUUUAAAACAGGUGGAAGGCCCUGAGAUUACAGAGACAUAAAUAGCAUUCUAGUAUGGGGUCACCUGUCCAGGAGAUUAGCCAGUGCUCGGAAGGGAGCAGACUUGUUCAGUGCUGGAGCCAGUCACAUGGAGUCUGAGCAAUAUCCAGAAAGACUAUUCUCAGGGGGCAGCUGGUCUCCACCCUGCAGGCUCCAUGAGCACAGCUUCAUGAAGGUGGUUGGUAGGAGUCUGACUUGUAUAUACCGUGUUUGAUAUGAAACACCAAAUAAAUGCAGUUAAUGUGCUGCCCAGAACAAUCAUGGUCUGCCACUUUAAAAGAGUUCUUUUUCUGUAGACAAGCCUCCUUUUCUGUAGAUCCAGGAGCAGUUUUGGACAAGAGCCAAACACAGGGCAUGCCAGGGACCAUAUUGUGGGACCUUCCGUGUGGCCAGGUGUACUCUUGGGAAAAAAGCAGCCACAAUAUGACUUGGUGUAGUAUUUCAAAGAUGCUGCCCUUUAAGAAGGAGCCAGUUUUACUCUGUUAAUAACAGAAAGUGAGUUGUUCGUGCCAUUCAUCCUUGUAGAAAUUAAAAUUCUAUUCACUGGAAACAUGACAGGAUUUUGAAGCAUUUGGAAUAUAAACUGGAAGCAUAAAAAUUGGUGUCCAUAUAUUUUUAAAGUAUAUGCAUGGUUUAAACAGACCCAAAUUUCCGAGUAAAUAGCUUUGCCAAAGAAAAAUAGCAUAUACUUUGGGAAUAGUGGGGGUGAUGGCGUGGAGAGGAAUUCUGUAGAGAAAUAUGUUAUUUACAUGCCUUUACCAUACACCUAUCCCAAGAAUACGGUGCCUCUUUAAAAGGGCCUAGCAAGAAAAUGUUAAGAAAUUUGAGCUGGAUGGAAUGUUGUAGUGAGCUUAUGACUGUGUGUGUGUUGGGGAAGAAGCAGCAAGGGGAAGUAGGAAAAACAAUAAGGAAGAGUUUUCAAUAAAAAAUAUGUAUACUUAAGAGGAGUCUUUAUUUGAAUAUUUCUAGUGGUGGUGUUGUAUGUUCUGGAAUCCGUUUACCUGGAGUCUGUGGGUCUUUUGUUUUGAGUACAAUUGUAUGGUGCCCUACUCUACACAUACAAUUGUAUGGUGCAGAGCUUGCUGCAGGGUGGUCUCCUGGGCCACAGGGAUCCCUGACACACCUGGCAGGAGCCCAGAGCAACCAUGAUGGAGUCCAAACUCUUGUACAUUUUGGCAGAUGAUUGGUAGGAUUCAUGAUAUGCAGCUGUGGGAGAUGUGUUUCUGUGUUUACCCUCUUGUACCACUCCCAAUAGGAAGCCCUGACUUUAGACCAGUUGUUGUAAUAGUGUCCCAUGAUGUGAAAGGCAAGAAGACAUAUCUUAUAUCAAAUAUAAGAGUUUAGUAAUAAGAAAUAGGGUAGAUAAGUGGACCCUCCCAAGAAUACCUUUCUUUUUUCCUUUUUAAACAAUUUUUAGGUACAUAGGUAAAAUAUACUUUUUAAAAAAAAGAAAUUUAAGUGAAAAGAAAAAAACCCACCUUUAUUGCACUGAUUAUAACCACUGUUAACAUUUGAUAUAUAUCUGUUCAGACUUUUUUUCUAUGUGUCUGUAUUUGAUUAAUUACUUUUUCCAUGAAAUAUAAUCAUGUUAUACAUAAUUUCUGUUAUUUGCUUUUUCUCUACAUUGUAAAUAUAUUUCUAUCUCAGUACAUAUGUAAUCAAAUGCUUUUUAACAUCUACACAAGUUAUACUUAAGGCUGUUUCCAAUUUUUUACAGUUUAGUCAAGGACAUGAUGAAAUUCUUCUGACAUCUUUGUUAAACUUCUCAAUAUUUAGUUAGGAUAAUUUUCCAAAAUUGGACUUGUUGGCUCAAAAAUGUGCUUCCUCAAAUCUGGCUUCUUUCCUUCCUGGGCAUACAGGAGACUAAUUCUCCAGCCCCCUUCCUAGUUGUCCAGGGUUCUGUGACUAACUCCAGCCGAUGAAAUGUAAGCAGAAGAUACAUAUGAAAAUCUAGGCUCAGACCGUGACAUGCUCAUGUGCAGUGCUCCAAUGUCUGUGUUGUCCUGCCUCAGCAAAUGAUGAUGUCCCCUGGUAGAGCCUCUGUUAUCCUAGGUCCCUGAGUGACUAAGCAGGUCACUUCCUGCUUUUCCCUCACCCCCACCCACCAACCUGCAUGGACAUGUAACAUGAAUAAAGAAUAAAUCUUAAAUCUUACACUGGGAUUUCAGGGUUAAUUUGUUACUACAGCAUAACAUAUCCUGUUCUGGAUGAUAAUUUAAAAGACAUGUACAUUUUUAAAACUUUUAAUAAAUAUUACCUCAAAUUGCCUCUCAAAGGUGGCCCCAAAUUAUACUUCCACCAGCAGUAUGAGAAUGUCUUAAUCCCUUUUCAACACUGUUAGCAUGGGGGCUGGGAGAUAAAUAAAGUUUUUGAUUAAAAUAUGACCCUCAUUAGCAAAAUAUAUACAUAUGUAUAUAUGUAUAUUUGUAUAUAUACCUAUAUUCAUAUCCUCUGGCCAGUCUUGUCAUAGGCAUCUAGUAGUUUCAUUGAUUACUGAGAGAUUUUUUAAAUAAGAUUUGUAAAACAAUUUAAGUGAUAUAUAUGGCUUUUAAAAAAUGUUCAAGUACUUACAAAAAGCUUUUUAGUCAGAUAUUUUCCUUUUCAGUUGCUGUCUUUGCUUCAUGCUUAUGAACGUCUUUCCUGGUCUAAUUUCAAGAUUAUAUUGUCAUCAAUAUUUUGUUCUUGUACAUUUAUCAUUUCUUUUUAAUCAGUUAAACCUCUGAUCUAUUUGAAAUUUAUUUUAUAAAUUGUCUCAGCACUGUUUAUUGGGAAAUCUAUCAUUUCUCUAUUGCUAUCAAAUCCCAUUUUUACCAUGUACUCAGACCUUUUGUUGGGUGCCUAAGAUACGCAUUCUACCCUAAAAUGUGCUUCUGAGCUUGCCCCUGUGGUCCUUUAUCCACCUGUACACUCUAACACUGGUACCACACUGUUUUGAUCACCAUAAUCUUAAACUAAAUGUCCUCAUUAGUUAAGCUUUGAAAAAAAAAUUCCCAGUCCAUUUUGCAUAGUAAUAUUUCCCAAAGAAAUUUGGGAUCAUUUUGUAACUUAGAAGAGUUAGAAAUUAGAUUAUGUAAAAUUUAUAUAUAUCCAUAGAACUAAUAUCUUUUAUAUUUUCUUUUUCACUGAAUUUAUAUUGUUUAAUUUUACAUCUUUCAGUCUAUUUUUUCUAGUAAAGGUAAUUUUUGUAAUGGUGGAUACUAUUGUCAGUUUGUCCCAUUGUAUUUUCCAUCUGCUUAUUAUUAGUAUGUAAUUAUGCCAUUAGUCUUUGAUGAAAGUUAAAUCCAUUGAUUUUCUAAUUUGAAACAUUAAAUAAAAGUUUUGUAGAUUUAAAGAUGAGAAACAUAAUGUAGCAAAGGGAAGUUCCCAUAAUUAAAAUUCCCCAAGGUAAAUAAUAACAACUAAUGCACAGUCCUCAAAUUUCUCCCCUAAAAUAUAUUCUGUCAUUUUGGUGACAUAGUACAACCCUUCUACUACUUGGAUUUUUCACUUUGCAAUAGAUCAUGGACAUCCUCCUAUGUCAGUGAGCAUCAAUCUACCUCAUUCUGACCUCUGCAUAGAGUAGUGUGUGGUUGUAUGCAAAUGUAUUUAACUUGGGAACUGGUUAUUUUGUAUCCAGUCAGUUGCUAAAUUCUUUUCAUUUUUUUUUAUUUGCCUUUUUCAGGUAGGUAAUAGUUCUGGUUAGUGAUGAUAGUUUUAUCUCCAUGUAUUCAAUAAUCUUAUUUCCCUUUUUUCUCUUAUCACAUUGACCAGCACUUUUAGAGCAGAGUUAAAUAGUGCACAUAUAAUUAUGCUGGUAUUGUACACUCUUCUUCAUAUGUUUUUCCCUUAGUGAGAAUAUUUCUAGUGUUUCUUCAAAAGUAUAAAUUUGACUCUUAGUAUAAGACAUUCUUAAUAUUUGAAUUUAUAUGUUAAAGUUAUGUAAACUUCUGUUUGUGGUUUGCUAAAAAUUUUAUCAGUAAUGAAUGUUGGGAUUUUAGUGACUUUUUCAUGUCUGUCAAGAUGAUCAAAUGAUUUUUCUCUAUUAUGACUUGAGAUGAAUAAUUUUAAUAGAUUUGCUAAUGUCAAGCCCCCUCUGCAUUUCUAAAAAAAACCUGAUAUAGUCAUAAAACAUUAUUCUUUUAAUAUUCAUCUCCUUUCAAUGUUAACAGUGGUUAUUUAUGAUAGGUUGGUCCAAGGUGGAUUUUUAUUUUGUGUUUCUUUUCUGCAUUUUCUGAUUUUUCUACAAAUAUUGUGUAUUAUUUGUAUAAUAAAGACAAGAGCUUUACAAUGAGAAAAUAUUCUGGAUUUGGUUUGCUUGUUUUAUUUUAGAAAUUUUUGUAUCUUAAUAAGAUGAACAGUUGGGAUUUUUUUCUGGUGUCUUUGUCAGUUAUAUUUAUGUUCUUUAAAAAAAAAGAACUUGAGAAGCUCUCUUUUUCUAUGCCCUAGAACAGUUUAAAUAAUAUUUAGAAUUUUUUGCUCUUUGAAGUUUUUAUAACAUAUAUAAAACUGUCCAAGUCUAGUGCCUUUUUAGAAAAUAGUUCUUGAUAAUGUUUUCAAUUUUUUUUUCACAUUCAAUGUUCUCUUCAAACUGCAAUGAUUCUGUUGAUUUUCAAAUAUGUUGGAUUGGAAUUGCUUUAUUCUUCUUUCUCAUUCAUAAUGUUGUGUGUGUGCUUUCCCUUGUUAUUCUUCUUUUGUUUUUCCAGAGCUAGUCUAUUUCAUUAGUCUUUUAAAAGAACCAGUUCUGGAAUCUAUACCUGAAUUUACCAUCUUAUGAUUUUUAUUUGUUUUUGUUCUUAUUAAGUCCUUUCUUAAUUUUUUUUAUUUUUCCACCUCCUCAAACUGAUUGCCAUUAUAACUUUUUCUUGCAUAGUUACUAGCAUUUUAAGCCUAUGACUUUUUCUCUGAAUAUGUCUUUAAUUAUAGCUCUUAAAUUUUUAUGUAUGGUGUUCUAUGUUAUAAAUAAUUUCUGAUUUCAGAUUUAACUUUAUUUUAUACUGAAGAGUUAUUUGAAAUUAUAGAAUUCCAGAUAGUCUGAUAUUUGUUGUUGAUGCUUUUAACAUUUGUUACAAACUUCUAGUUUUAUUGCCUUGUCAAAGACAGUAUGACCUAUACAGUUUGUGCAUUUGGGAAUUUAUUGAUGUUUUCCUAGAACUUAAUAAAUUCUUAGUUUUAAUAAAUAUCCCCAGGAAACUGGAAAAGAUAUAUUCUCUGAAGGGAACAAAAUUCAACCUGUAUAUAUUAAUUUGGCCUUAUUAAGUAUAUUAUAGACCUUUAAUUUUUGCCUACUUGAUUAUUUAAAGACGAUAACAUUGGUUCUUGCUACUAUUGUAUUUGUCUAUUUCUCUUGUGUAUCUAACCAUUUUUGCUUUAUGUAUUUCUCUUUGAUGUUAUUUGGCAAAUUAUGUUUUUAUAUUUAAGGGAAAAGUUACUUUCCUUUGAAGAUUUGUGUAUCUUUGUAAGCUUUACCUGAUUUUGUUGUAAUAGAGUUGUUUAUGUAGAAAUACAUAGUUCGAUAAAACA